UCUCAACGCAGCGUCGGGUGAAAACGGAAGAAACGGGGUACCGACCGCACCCCGAAGAUACCGGGAGAUGACGGUUACGACUAACUUCUCCAUGAUGCGACCCUGCUUCACUGGAUAUCCAUUUCAAGACUUGGGCUCGAUACCCGGUCAGGGGCGCGUCAACCAAUUGGGAGGUGUUUUCAUAAACGGAAGACCAUUGCCGAAUCACAUACGUCUGAAGAUCGUCGAGAUGGCAGCUGCCGGCGUCAGACCCUGCGUCAUUUCUAGACAACUGCGGGUGUCUCACGGUUGCGUGUCGAAGAUAUUGAACCGUUACCAAGAAACUGGGAGCAUAAGACCCGGUGUGAUCGGAGGAAGCAAGCCCCGGGUAGCAACGCCGGAAGUCGAGGCGCGUAUCGAGGAGUACAAACGCGAUAAUCCCGGUAUAUUCUCGUGGGAGAUAAGGGACAGGCUGAUCAAGGAGGGAAUAUGCGACAGGACCAGCGCACCCAGCGUGUCGGCGAUAUCGCGACUGUUGAGGGGCAGAGAUCCGGAGGACGAGGCGAAACUUGGAGACGGCAAAACUAGUUCGGGUUCCGACUGCGAGAGCGAACCGGGAAUCCCGUUGAAAAGAAAGCAGAGACGAAGUCGUACGACCUUCACCGCUCAUCAGUUGGACGAAUUGGAGAGAGCCUUCGAACGCACUCAAUACCCCGACAUUUACACGAGGGAGGAACUCGCCCAGAGGACCAAGCUUACCGAGGCAAGGAUCCAAGUGUGGUUCAGCAACAGGAGAGCGAGACUCAGGAAACAACUGUCUUCCACCACGGCCGCUGGAUACGUGGGAUCCGUUGGAUCCGUCGCUUAUCCCGCCGCUUCUUACGUUCUUCAUCCCCCUGCCGCACCUCAUCCGCAUACGGGGACUCCGGUGUCCGCGGGAAAUCCACACGCUCAUCCCCAUCCGCAUGGACACCAGUCCAUACCGGAAACGGCGUUCUCAUCCAGUCAAGAACUUUACUCUUCGCACCACGGUACGAUGUCGUCGCACCAGCUUCAGGGUGGAGACUCGACGCGUUUGGUACCGUCGGUUGGCGGGUCGUCGGGUUAUUCCCUUCCGACGUCCGUGGCGUAUCCCUCCUCGCUUUUGGCGGCGACGUCUUCGUCGGCGUCUCACAUGGGCCACCAGUUGUCCGCGGUGGCUCCGACGUCCUCGACGUACCAGCAGGCGACGAGUCACCAGCUUCCGCCGACCCCGAAUUCGCUGGUUACGAUGAUGGGACCGAAUUCCGGCAACUCGAAUCCAGCCUCCGACCAGUUAACGGGAACCUCCGAACUCCCGAUGACCUCCGUAUCGCCUUCUAAUCAACAACAACAACAACAACAACAACACCAACAUCAGCAACAGCAACAACAACAACAACAGCAGCAACAACAAACGGGUGGGACUUCUCCCGCUUGGAGUCUUCCCUUGCCUGGUUCGGGACGCGUCGGUCUUCCAAGUCCUCCUUCCAGUUUACAACAAACACAUCCGCAUCAUCCUUCCCACAGUCAUCAGGCGUUUGCGAGUCAUUACGCGAGUCAAGGAUUCCAACAACCACCCAGACCCGCUCCGCAUCAGCCUUUUUACAGUUGGUACUGAACCUCCGAACUUGGGUUGAUUGAGAUCCGUGAAUUUUUAGAGCUUUUCGUUUCUAUGGGAAGCUGAAAGAGGAUCAGAAAUAUUAGGUUUAUGAGGAGCCAG